AUGGCAGACUACGACAGACGCCAGUCAGGCGGCCCCAAUUAUCGCAAAAGAAGAUUCAGAGAUGACGAUGACCAUUACGAUCGGCGCCAACAGCGCCGGCGCACCGACUCGGCCCCGGUGCCUGUUCGCUUGCGUCGGCAGCUUCUUGGCCUUGCCGACUCGCCAUUGCGAGGCUGGGCAGAGGAAGUGACGUCCAUUGCGCGCAUGGUCACGGACAACCACGACGACGCCAAUUUGCGCGACACGUUUGUCAAUCUGACGUUGCAAAUGGUUGUGGAGCAGCCGCUCAAGACACCCUUUGUCGCCGCCGUGCUGCUGGUCGUCAACGCGCUGAAACCAGAACUGCUGGACGUGGUGCUGGCUCGAGUGGCUGCCCAGACGGAAGAGAACGUUGCAAAGGGUCUGUGGCGCGAGGUGAAGCUGCUCCUGAGGCUCUUGGCCUGCCUUCAGGGCUGCCUGGAAGGCGAUGGCGUCUUUCCCUUGCUGGAGGACUUGUUUACGAGAGCCGCCGACUUGCAGACGGCCAGUUCUGAAGAUGUCAUCGGAACGGAAAUCGUCAAAAUAAUUCUCCUAACCAUCCCCUAUGCCAUGGCCGCGGCUCCGGGUCAGUUCACACGGCAGGCAGCAGACCUCAUGGAGAGGACGGACGUGAUUGCGUCUGAGCCACACGCUCUCCAGGCCAUGGUCGACCCCUACCAGCCCGAGGGCACAGAUGAGAGCCCGGCGGCAUCGCUGAACUUGUGCAUGCUGCUCCAGAAGCAGCUGCAGACGGAAGCCUCCCAGGGCUGGGAGCUGGCCUGCAUCCCCCGACCCUUGUCAACGCCGCUGGAAGACAUGGAGCUCCGGGACAAGCUCGCCAGCGCGCUCAAACAUGCCAUCCCGGCCAUUGCCAUCCCGCCGACCGCUGUCGCCGGGCCGCGUCUGCUGUUCCCGGAGAUCCAUUUCUCUGUCUACAGCGGCCAAGACGUCGAGUCCGUGCCCCCGCACACCAGCGUCGCCGCCUCUCUCAUCCGCGACGCGCUGGCCGACACCAUCAACAGCCUCGACUUCAACAGAAACGUCACUGCCAGGUUCCUGAUGGACAUUGACUCGUACUUUGCCGACGGCACCUUUGUGAAGCGGGCCACGCCUUUCGACGAGUUGCGGAACCUCGGCCCCGGGAAAUCGACGUGGAAGCCCGAGGACGUGGCGGUAGACGCCGUCUUCUCGCAGCUGUUCCAGCUACCAAAGCCCGAGCACAAGGUCGUCUACUACCACUCGGUGCUGACGGAGGCUUGCAAACUGGCCCCGGCUGCCAUCGCCCCCAGCCUGGGCAGAGCGAUCCGGUUCCUAUACCGCAACACGCCGCAAAUGGAUCUCGAGCUCAGCUACCGCUUCCUCGACUGGUUCUCGCACCACCUGAGCAACUUUGGCUUCACGUGGAAGUGGGCCGAAUGGGUUGAAGACACCGAUCUUCCCGAUCUCCACCCGUGCAAGUGGUUCCUGCUGGGCGCGCUGGACAAGGAGAUUCGACUGAGUUUUGCUCAGAGGAUUCAAAAGACGCUGCCGGAGCCGUAUCAUAAGCUCAUCAGUUCCGAGAAAGAAAAGGAUGUCCCCGACUACAAGUACGGCCGUUCUGAUGCUCCCUUCUCCAAAGAGGGACAGGAGAUUGCCGCUCUGUUGAAGCGCAAGGCCACCGACGAGGAGCUGCAGCCCGCUAUGGACAGCAUCGCGGCGCAGGCCGCGGCGCAGGGGCUGGAUCCCGUCGUUGCCAGCACAGACGUCUUCAUGACGGCUGUCUGCUGGGUCGGAUCCAAGUCGCUCAGCCACGUGCUGGCUUGCAUCGACCGAACCAAGGGCCGACUCGUCGACGUCGGCACCACCAACCCGACCGCGCGGUCGCAAAUCAUCUCGUCCGUCAUGGACUACUGGAGCGCCCACCCCGGCAUCGCGCUCUCCAUUGUCGAAAAGCUGCUCAACUACUCCAUCCUCACGCCCCUGUCCAUCGUGGACUGGACGCUCACCGCCAGCACGCCGCACAACGGCUGCCGCGGCGGCGAGGUCCUCGGCCAGUCCCACAUGUACGAGCUGGUGUGCAACACGGUCGCCAAGGUGAGCGGCCGCGUGCGCCACCUCCUCACGUCGCCCGACGCGGAUCAGGAAACCCGCGACAGUGAGACGGCCUCGAUGCGGGAUCUGUUCCGCGCCGUCCACGAGGCCCUCGCGGGCUGGGCGGCGGCCGGCCGGCAGGACGAGCCGAUGGAGGACGGAGGCGGAGACGGCUCGCCAGAGCGCGAGGCCCUUCUUCGGAGGUGGGCUCAGCGAUGGCUACGCGUCUUCCAGAGGCUGGCGGCCAUUGAAGAGACGUUUGUGGCAGAGGCCAAGAAUCAUCGGUGGACGGAAAAGGUCGGCGACGAGGCAGGAAUCACCAAGCCCGCAGACAUGAACGCGGACAUGAACGCGGACAUGAACGCGGACGCGGAUGCGGUGGAGCCUGACUCGAACGCGCAAGAGUAA